AUGGAUCCAGCUGCUCCUCCUCAGUUCUUGGACCAAUACGAGAAUCCAUACUUCCUCCACAACUCCGAUCAUGCUGGCUUGGUUCUCGUCUCCGAUCGUCUUCAAUCCAGAGCCGAUUUCCAUGCUUGGCGUCGCUCUGUUCGGAUGACUCUCAAUGUACGCAAUAAGCUGGGAUUUGUCGAUGGCACCGUUCCUAAACCUCCCGUUGGGCAUCGCGACGUCGGUUCUUGGUCGUGUUGCAACGACAUGGUGGCCACAUGGUUGAUGAAUUCCGUCUCCAAAUCGAUAGGUCAGAGUCUUCUCUUUAUGAAUACUGCUAAAGCUAUUUGGAACAAUCUGCUGGCUAGAUUUAAGCAGAACGAUGCACCUCGCGUCUAUGAAAUUGAGCAAAGAUUAGCCUGUAUUCAACAAGGUCCACUGGAUAUUAGUGCUUACUACACUGAAUUGAUGACGCUCUCGGAAGAAUACAAAAAUUAUGUGGAGCUUCCCGUAUGUACUUGUGGACGAUGUGAGUGCAAUGCGGCAAUCUUGUGGGAGCAAUUGCAACAACGGAGUCGAGUCACUAAGUUUCUCAUGGGUCUCAAUGAGACUUAUGAAUCCAGUCGUCGUCAUAUAUUGAUGCUCAAACCGAUUCCGUCUAUCGAAGAUGUCUUCAAUAUGGUUGCUCAGGAUGAGAGACAGAGGUCUAUUCGGCCAACUUCGAAGCUUGAUAAUGUCGUCUUUCAAAGCUCAGGACCUUCUGAUGCUGCUGCCUAUGAUUCUCAACUGGAGAAUGGUGCCUUUGCUACUCAACAUCAGAACAAUUAUCGUUCUAAGCAGCGACCUGUUUGCACCUACUGUGGUCAGCUUGGGCAUAUUGUUCAAAAAUGCUUCAAGAUCCAUGGUUAUCCUCCAGGGCAUAAGCUUCACAACUCGACUAUGGCUUCAGAUGCCACUCAACCGGCCUCUUAUGGCCGUGGACAACCCAAUUCUGCACCAAGGAACCAGAAUCAAUCUCAGUUCUCUGGUCCUCAUGCUCUGCAGAAGACGAAUGCUGUAGCUAAUGUCAUGACGGGUUCUAGUCCCUUUCUCUCAUCUCCUGCUACCAAUGCUGUCAACAUUGAUUUGAGUCAGAUUAGUCAAGAUUAG